AUGAAUAAGCAAAUGUGUAAAAUGUUCCUUGUUGUAAGGAACUCGAUUUCCGAUAAAUUGGACAAUAACAAAAAUUAUAGAAUAAUUAAUGAACAACCUAUCAAAGAGUAUUGUACUAAUAAUAUGUGUGUUAAUGAACUCGAAAAAAUUAAUGCUGGAUGUUUAUUUUUGUUUGAUGCAUUGUUUAAGGAUUCUUCUGUGUUUUCGUAUUAUACAAAAAAUAACAUCAAUAUUGUUAAAUACAUUAUCAUAUGGUUAAGUUAUAUGUUAAACCUAAAGGAACAAGUAGGAACUGUGAACAAUCUACAAUAUUUUUAUAAUAUGUAUAUGGAGGGUGGUGAUAAGUACAAAAAUCGUAUAACUGAUAUUAAGGAGUAUAGUAGUUAUAAGGAUCUUAUAGAUAAAAUAAAUAUGAUGAAUAUGGAUAUUAAAGAUAUAUCUAAAUUUUAUGAUGCAUUUAGUACAUUAUGUAAUAUGUAUAUUGAAUUUGAUGAAGACAGCCCAAAUUGCAAUAAAUUUUCGGAACAAGGUAAAGAAUUUGUUAGAAAAUAUGAAGAACUUAAGAAAAAUUAUAAUAUUACUGAAGACAGUCCAUAUAACCAAGUAUUAUCUAUUUUAUCAACUGAUUAUAAUAAUUUUAAAAAUAAAUGUAAAAUUUUACCAUCUCUUCCAACGAUAGAUAAAAAACCUCAUGCACAAAGUUCUGAAGCUACAUCAAGUUCGUCGAUAUCAAAGAACUUAUUUAUAGUUUUAUCGAUAUUUGGUGCAAUAGGAUUUUUUUUAGGAAUUUCUUACAAGUAUUCGUUAUUUGGAUUUCGGAAACGAUUUCAAAAACAAAAAUUAAGAGAAAAGCUAAAAAAUAUAAAGAAGAGAAUGAAUCAAUAA